AUGAAGGACGUAUGUAGGUGGUGGCCAUUCUCUUCCAUCCUUGCACUUCUUGUGUCGACUGCUUAUGAGCACCUCGUCGUUCAUCAUCUACGUCAAUGGAUGGCGGCUGAUGUUCUGCAGAUCGUCUCCUAUUUACUAGCGAAUGUCACCGAUUAUAAUUCUGCUCUCCGUUUGCCAUGCUACAGUUGUAUGAGUCCAUAUUUGGAGGAUCAUUAUCCCUACAUAUCACAUUUAUAUAGAAAACCAAUGUCUUUUGAUAUUCAUUGCGAUAAACAUAGCCUAGAUCAAAGCUACCUGUAUAGCAAAAAUUGCUCAGAUAUGUGCGUAACAUUAAGAAUCAACGAUGUCGUUGGAGGGAGGCGGCGACACGGCUACAUGAGAGGUUGCUUGUCUGAUUUGCAUGGUUACAAUCACUCAUUGGUGCGAGCAUUGGCCGAACGCCAAGGAUGUUUAGACACGACAGCUCGCGAACUCUUUCUGCCAACAGCUCAACGCCAAGAGCUCGAGCCAUCCCGUCUGUCACUUUGUGCGUGUCACAACAAUUUGUGCAACUCGGUCGUGUCGCCGCCAACUCUACUGAUAUUCGCGUUCGUCAUUUUAUUAUUAUAUUUGAUUCGUUAA